AUGGUGCAAAUGAUGGAGUCGCAAUGCGAGUACUUUAUGUAUUUUCCUGCGGUCCCCAUCUCAGACCUAUCGGACCCGGCCCGCUACAGAACGCUCCCCCGGAGGAGUCAUCUGUACCUGGGCGAGACUGUGCGCUUCCUCCUGGUGCUGCGGUGCAAAGACGUUCCUUCUGGAGGGACGCCGACGGAUCUUCUGGGGGGCGCCGCAGGACUGGGCUUCGGCAGCGAGACCGCCAGCGGCCGGGCAUGGAGGGAGCUGGCCGGCUCUCUGUGCGCCGUCGCAAGCGUCAGCCCCGGCGAGGGCAGCCGCCACCGCUCUCACCAGGUCCCGCAUCACCACGACUACGACGGCAGAGGCGCCGAGGAUCCGGAGGAGGACUACAUGGCGGUGGCGGAGGCGGCCAUCGCGGCGCUGGGCAGCAGAGUGGACCCCCGGUGCCGCGGUUUCCGCGACUGCAAACCGCUGCUCAUCCAUAACUCGAUGGGCAGCGGGGAGCGGGAGUUCCGCAGGGCGCCUGUGCAGUCUCCGCUGGACGAGCCCGUAGUAUUGAGCGAUGAGGUCAUCUUCCCUCUUACAGUAUCGCUGGACAGACUUCCUGUGAACACUCUGAAGGUCAAGGUGAUGGUUACAGUGUGGAAGAAGGAAGCAGAGAAUGCAGAGGUGGAGGAGCAGGGCUACCUGAGCAUCCUCCAGCAGCGGGUCCCCACGCACACCUUCAGACACGACCUCAACACCUUUAAAGCACAGGUGAGCACCACCCUGACGGUGCUGCCUCCUCCGACCGUGCGCUGUAAGCAGAUGACCGUCUCGGGGAAGCACCUGACCGUGCUGAAGGUGCUCAACGAGUCCUCCCAGGAGGAGGUGAGCGUGAGGGACGUCCGGAUAAUGCCCAACCUCAACUCCUCCUAUCUGCCCAUGAUGCCCGACGGCUCGGUCAUGCUGGUGGACAACGUGUGCCACCAGUCAGAAGAGGUAGGCAUGGCCUCCUUCUGCAAGAUGGUGAGCGCCACCUCCAGUUUACCCAGCAUGCUCAGCACUCUGGAGGAACACGACUUCCUGUUUCAGCUGCACCUCAACGACUGUCCACAGGAUGACUCCAAAGAGGGGCUUGAGGUUCCCCUGGUCGCUGUGCUGCAGUGGUCCACGGCCAAGAUGCCUUUCACCAACUGUAUCUACACCCACUACAGGUUACCCAGCCUCCGCCUGGACCGCCCUCGCUUCGUGAUGACGGCCAGCUGCCCGAGCUCCGUCAGGGUGAAGGAGCACUUCAGGGUCAAGUACGUCCUGCUCAACAACCUGCAGGACUUCCUCGCCGUGAGACUGGUCUGGACACCGGACGGCCGGGGUCACUGUGAUGAUGCGGACCUGAGCGCCGUGGUGUGCCACACCCCCCUGAGUAACCUGGGCCACUGCCGCCGGGGCAGCACCCUGUCCUUCACCGUGGCCUUCCAGAUCCUCAAGCCCGGCCUGUACGAGCUGAGUCAGCACAUGAAGCUGAAGCUGCAGUUCACCGCCUCAGUGACCAACCCGCCCCCUGACGCCCGCCCACUCUCACGGAAGAACAGCCCCUCCAGCCCGGCGGUGAGGGACCUGCUGGACCGCCACCAGGCCAGCCUGGGCCGCUCGCAGUCCUUCUCCCACCAGCAGCCGUCCCGCUCACACAUCAUGAGGACGGGCAGUGCCAUGGAGCGGCGCGCUAUAACCCCUCCUGUGGGCUCCCCCGUGGGGAGACCGCUGUACCUGCCCCCCCCAGACAAGGCGCUGCUCUCCCUGGACAAGAUCGCAAAGAGAGAGUGCAAGGUUCUGGUGCUGGAGCCCAUCUGCUGA